CCAGAUUGUCUCCUACCAAUCGCUUUGCCCAACAAGAUUUGCUGUUGUGGUGCUGAGGAUGUUUCGGUGAAUGCUGGUCGUGCCAUUAUCUUCAUAAAUAUUAAUGGUCGCUAUGAUCUCUCCCUUCCUUUGGUAACCUGUAAGUCUUGCCUAAAAUCGUGGACACCUGAGGUCAAAGACCUUAUAUUAAAUGGGUACUGGCCUGGAACCAUUGAGUUUCAAACAGUUUACACUGUCGCCCUGUUCAGUACCUUUGAAGACUUUAAAGUCACGGCACCUGGCCUAUCCAGACAGGCCUUUGUGAGAAUGCUGCAAAGCCGCUCAAUGCGUUCUGGCAGAGUUGGUACAAUAUCAGUGGACUGUUUUCAGCGCAGUUUUCUGGAAUGGACGUACUGUAGACAUGAGAUGGAACACUUCUUGGAGAUGACCAUUUCUCCUGUCCAGCUUGCAGUCAGGAUAUGGUCGCAGUGUCUCUUGAUGGGAACAGGAAAAUGUACAGGUUUAAUCGCAACGGGAUAAAUGAAAAUCCAUAUUUUGACGGAACCUUCUUUGCCAAAAAUGAAGAGGUUGCAGAGUUUUUGCAAACUAUUAGAGACAAAAUCAAAACUUCACCAGGCCGACCCAUUUGUGGAAAACUCACACUUUAAAGCUGGUAGUGAGUCUAACAAGAAGUCUCAAUCCAAACUUGAUGAAGAGGGUGUGAUGAUUUCAGUCUGUAGACACUGCAUUCUUUUGAAUGGACUACAGAUGUACCGUGGAGAAGUGUUUGCAUACCCUCUUUAUCUUCAAAAAGAGCUUGGCAAGACACAAAAGAUUGAGUUUGUCUGCACUGAUGUAAUGUGCAAAUAUUACCCAUACUUAAAAAGAGUGUGUGAGGCCUUUCCUGAUCUAGAGUAUCUUUUGCAAAUGCGACCAUUCUUAUCAGUUAUGCAUGCAAAAGGUCAUUCAACCAAAUGUGAGGUGGAGUGGGGUGGCCGCAACCAAGAGGGAGCUGGUUUGACUGUUGGGGAGGAAGUGGAAGCAGUCAAUUCAUUUAUGUCUCGUGCUGCAUUGACAACAAAAUAUAUGACCAAAUCUGCACGCACAGAUAUGAUCACUAUCCAUGUUCGUGGAUGGAACCUAAGGAAAAAGUUAAAUCUUUCACAAAUUAUCUUGCUCAAAGAUAUGUUAAGACAUUACAGAGAACAGCUGAGGUAG